GUGACGCAAAGUUCCCGCCAGUGUGAACGCGGUCUGAGCUGUGCGCUGCAGGAGAGAGAGAAAGAGAAAGAGAGAAAAGUUAUUGAGGAAUAACUAUUGAUAUUCUCUGUCGUUUAUUUUAUCGGCCUUCCAAAAAAAGAUUUACUGGUAAAUAAUGCCGUCGUCUCACGAUUGGAUAAACAAGCCAUUGGGCGUUGUCGAAGCGAUGUUUGCACAGAGCAACUCUAACCCAGAAUGGGAAGCAAAAGUGUUGGAAUACUUCAAAGGGCAGCUGAAGGAAAAGGAAUCUCAUAGCUGGGUUCCUUCGCUAAAUGAUGUGCCCCUGCACUACUUGAAGCCCAACAGCCUUGUGAAAUUCCGUUGUUUGGUCCAAGACAUGUUUGAUCCAGAGUUCUACAUGGGAGUGUAUGAGACUGUGGACCCCUCAACCAAGGCCAAUGUGUUGAGAUGUGGGAAGUACAAAGAUGUCACAGAAUGUGGGGUGGAUUUGAACUCCAGAAACACUGUGACUGCAGAGAGACAGACCUUCUAUUGUGUCCCUAUUCCAGGAGAGAGCCCUUGGGCUAAAGAGAGCUAUGGCUGUUCUAGUCAGGCAAGAGUUGUCCCAUCCACCUCCUAUGUCCCAAGCAGACAGAAGCGCAGUUACGAAGAGGACGAUGACAUGGACACACAACCCCAGAAGCAGAGAGAACCACACACAGAGCCCCAUGGCAAUGGAGACUCCAAGCGGCAGGAGACCGAAGCCCCCUCCAGCCAGACAACUGCCCCCUCAGACUGUUCCUCCCAUCUGGACCUCAACUUUCCCCUGCCGGGGGAGAGGGGCCCAGCCUGUCUAGUGAAGGUCUAUGAGGGGUUGGACAGCUUCAAACUGAACGACACACUGGAGAUCUACGGGAUUCUCUCCGUCAACCCAGUCCUGACUGUGCUGGGCGAAGAAAAAGACCCCUCGUUGUUGCUGCUAAACCCCACCGAGUGUAUGGAGACUCCAGAGGAACAGAGAGCUCAUGACCCCCCUGCUUCACUGGUGCCCCGUCUCCACAUGCUGUACGCCCGCCCCCUGCAACACAACAACCCUCUUCUGCCCUCUGCUCCCACAGAGGACCAAAGCGCCUUUGUAUCCUCAUUCCUGGUUGAGAUGGCAUCGGUGAGGACAGAGCUGCUCGCUUACCUCACCCAUGUUCUUCUGGGAGACGGACUGGCUGCCGAGUACCUCUUACUGCACCUCAUCUCUAACGUGUAUACCAGGCGGGAUGUCCUGCCUUUGGGUAAAUUCACCCUGAAUCUGAGUGGCUGCCCGCUCAACUCCUACACAGAGCGACUCUAUCAGAUCGUCCAACAGCUGGUGCCUUGUUCAUACCGUCUCAGUAUGAGCCUCCACACAAUGAACAGCAUGCGUCUGGUGCCUAAGAAGGACUAUGUGGCCAACCGGCUGGUGAGUGGAGCCUUGCAGCUGGCCAGGAACACCUCCCUGUUCCUUGAUGAGACACAGCUGGAGCAGGGUCAACUGGACAGCUCAGGUGUGCGGAACAUCACUGCCCUGGGGAACCUGAUCUCUUGGCAGAAGGUUGAUUAUGACUUCAGCUACCACCAGAUGGAAUUCCCCUGCAAUAUUAACGUGCUCGUCACAUCAGAGGGCCGAUCGCUGCUGCCGGUGAGUACAAAAAAAAGAGGGUCUGAGGAGGCAAGGCCCACACACCAGAGGGCGUAAGAGGGGCGCGUGUGUGUGUGUGUCCACGUGCGUGCAGGGGUUAGGUUUCAGCCAGGAUGUCAGGAGACUGACACGUGUCAAAUGCCAUGGGGUUGUUUCCAACCAGCGCCAUCAUGCUGCCCCCUUCUCGCUGCCCAUUGGUCUCCCCCCAGCCCCCUAGCA